ACAUAGAUUUAGUCUUCCUUCGAUUAUAUUUAGAGCUAGGACUAAUUACUCUCUUCGGCAGCUCUUAUAUACUCCACGCUCCUGCUAGCUAGCUUUGAAAUCCCAUUUAUAGUAUAAUACAGUGAUCUAUUCGCUCUAGCUGUAUUCGAAAUCCCAUAUACGCUGGUCUAUUGGGGGCGAGCGCAGCUAGAUAGAGCCCAAUAUGCAGCAAAUGCGGGUUUGGGCGUCGAUGAUAAUACUGUUAUCAUCAUUGGCGGCAGCAGCGGUGGAAGGGACCGAUGUUGACGGAAUAGUAUGGUCUAGGGAUGGCUGCCCUGACAGAUGUGGGAACGUAACAAUCCCGUUCCCAUUUGGCACCAAAGAUGAGUGCUCCUACAGUAAGGAAUUCUUCAUCACUUGCAACGACACUUUCCACCCUCCCAAACCCUUCUUAAUGAAAGGCAACGUGGAGGUCUUACAAAUUCAACUCGAAGGUCACUUGAACAUCUCCCACUACGUAGGCUGUGACUGUUACACAAAGGACCAGCGGCAGGACUACUACUUCGAUCCUUCGCUCUGGUUGACGCCCACUAAUUUUACCGUCUCCAAUACCCAAAACAUCUUCAUGGCCAUCGGCUGCGACACGUACGCCUAUGUCACGGGCUACCGAGGCAGACGCAAGUACACCACCGGCUGCAUGUCGGUAUGCGCCAGCGUUGAGGAUGUUAGGAAUGGGACCUGCGAAGGCGUCGGUUGCUGCCAGGUCUCCAUCCCCCCAGGUCUAGACAACAUUACCGUCAAGUUAUCCAGUUAUUACAGUCACUCGGAUAUAUGGAACUUCAGCCCCUGCAGCUAUGCCUUCGUUGUGGAGAAAGGUCACUUCAACUUCUCCUCCUACCUUCUUCAAGAUCUGAGGUACAUAAGAAGGGUUCCGGUGAUGCUGGAUUGGGCUAUAGUGAAUCGGACCUGCGCAGCAUUCCAACAAGACAGAAGCAGCUAUACGUGCGGGAAGAAUACCGAAUGCUUCGAUAAUAAUAUCACCUCCACCUCCGGGGGUUAUGUCUGCAAAUGCAUAGAAGGUUUCCACGGUAACCCAUACCUCCCUGGUGGCUGUCGAGAUAUCGAUGAGUGCGAGAAGGACAGCCCCUGCAUUGAUAAGAUUGCAGAAUGCCACAACUUUCCUGGCUCUUAUAAUUGUACGUGCCAAGCGGGGUACCAGGGGGAUGGAAAGAAAGCUGGAAGUAAGUGUAGUCCCAUUCCCAGACGCGACAUAUUUGAACGGCUUGCCUUGAUUAUUAUUCCACUAGGUGUAGGCAUUGGCCUUAUAGUGGCAUUUGUGAUCAUCACUUGCAUAUAUUUGGGAGUCAAAAAAAAGAAGAUCAGGAAGCUCAAAGAAGAUCACUUCAAGGAGAAUGGUGGUAUAAUGUUACGAGAACUACUUUCAAAAAGGGAAAGCUCCGCAAGGGAAGGUUCAGCUGGGAAAGCCAAAAUCUUCACAGAAGAAGAGCUCAAUAAGGCAACCAACAACUUCAGUGAGAGCAGAAUUAUUGGCCAAGGGGGUUUUGGUACAGUCUAUAGAGGAAUAUUGAAAGAUGACUCGGUAGUUGCAAUUAAGAAGUCCAAGAUUGUGGACAGAGGCCAAAUUCAGCAGUUUGUUAAUGAGAUGAUAAUUCUGUCCCAAAUCAAUCAUAAGAAUGUGGUCAAGCUGUUGGGAUUUUGUUUAGAGACAUCAGUUCCUAUGCUAGUAUAUGAAUUCAUCACCAACAAGACUCUAUUCCACCACAUACACUGCAAAGGCCACACAUCUUCGCUUUCAUGGCCAACUCGUCUAAGGAUAGCAGCAGAGACUGCUGGUGCAAUUGCCCACAUGCACUCCAAUGCUUCAAUGCAUAUCAUCCAUAGGGAUAUCAAAUCGGCCAACAUACUUCUAGAUGAUGAAUGCAUAGCAAAAGUUUCAGAUUUUGGUGCUUCGAGAUUUGUUCCUCUAGAUCAAACUCAGCUAUCCACAUUGGUGCAAGGGACCCUUGGGUACAUAGACCCUGACUACUUCCAGUCAGGCCAGUUAACGGACAAGAGCGAUGUUUACAGCUUUGGGGUUGUCCUCGCCGAGCUAUUAACUGGACAGAAUGUGCUUUCUGAAAAGAGACCUGAGAGUCAGAAGAACCUGGUUAUGUAUUUCAUUUCUUCUCUGAAAGAGGAUCAUCUCCUCGAGGUUCUCGAUGAACGAGUGAAGAUAGAGGGACAUCUUGAGCAGCUAAAGGGAGUUGCUGAGCUUGCGAAUAAUUGCUUGAGAAUGACAAAGGAGAAGAGGCCUACAAUGAAGGAAGUAGAGAGCGAGCUCGUGAAACUGAUGAGAAAUGAGACGUACACGCAAGUUGUAAUUGAAAGGAAUUCAGAAGAUGCGGUGCCUUUGCUCGGUGAACCAUUAAACUUCUGCUAUGACAGUACAUCAGCUGGAUCGAAUAGCUUGAAGAACCGGGUUAUGAUGCCAUUCCACAGCGGCCGAUAAUUGACCUCAACAAUAUAAUUACUUCUGCAGGGAUCAGUAUUAUUGCUUAUCAGUAGAAUCAUUCGAGUAUUUUAUGGCUAAAAUUAGCCUGCAUAAACCUCUGUGAACUCUUCUGCAGCGAUGUCUAUAUUCUCUUUCAAUUUAAUCAUUCAAUAAAGCUCGCUGACCGAGUCCAAGCUUACCAA